CAAACAACAAGACGACCGGGGGAGACAGAAAAACUCGUUUCGACCGUUGCGUUACAAGAAAGAAAUAAGUAUACAAUUUAGCGUCGAGAUUCACACAAGUUAAACGUUUGAAACGGAGACACGUCUGAUUAGACCAUUGGGUACAGCGUAGCGCAAACGUGCAAAAGGAGAGAAUUGUUAAAAAAAAGAUUCAACUCUGGAGAAAAUAGUGGCUGGCUAGUUUAGCCUAGCUGGCCAGCAGGCUCGCUUUGGCAGGUCUCGCAGAAGAGGUGUGAGGAGUUGGAAGCUGAAGGCUUGCUUAUGUUAAAAAAAGAAAUUGGCCUAUAAGAAUAUUUAAAGAGAUUGAGAUUUACACCGCAAUAGAUACAGCAUUUCAAACUGCCCUGCUUUUUUUUAACAGUAGCUGCUGUUAUUAAUGCUGCCACAAGAUCUUAACAGAACAGUGUAUUUUCCCUUUCUAUAGUGUUUUCCAUUAGCUGAUUUUUGUAAAGAUCAGAAGUUAUUGGCGCAUUAGUGUGGUGUGCCAUCUUUUGAAGCUCACGUUUUUCUGGCUUGAUACUCAUCGGCCUUUAUCUCACUGAAACUGGCAGCUAUAACAGUACUUAUACAGAGUUUAGGAUUGCAAAGUCCAUCUCAGCACACAGAACCAACAUACAGGUUCUGACAGAACCAUCUCAUUCCUGUUCCCCACUUGUCCUGAUUAUUUACAGUCCUGUUGUUUGGACAAGAAACCUUGAGCCCUCUGGACACACAGAAUAUGACGGCUGAGACACUCAACUUCGGUCCAGAAUGGCUCCGUGCACUAUCCAGAGGGGGGAGCGUGACGUCCCCUCCCCCUUCCCCUGCAAUGCCAAAGUCCAAGUUGGCCGACUACCGCUAUGGCCGCGAGGAGAUGUUAGCACUUUAUGUCAAAGAUAACAAGAUCCCUGAAGACAUGCAUGAUCAGGAGUUCGCCUCCAUCCUGCAGGAAGAGCCUCUGCAGCCGUUGGCUCUGGAGCCCCUAACCGAAGAGGAGCAAAGAAACUUCUCACUGUCGGUGAAUAGUGUGGCAGUGCUGAGGCUAAUGGGUAAAGGAGGAGGGGCAGUACCACCAGGUGUGUCUAGAGGGCGUGGAACUGUUCGGGGAGGCAGAGGUAAAUUGAGCCCAGAGCAGGGGGAGGUUGGAUUCUACCAAAGAGGUGCGGAGGAAGAGGUUGGCUUUGGCCGUGGACGAGAAGUGCACCGCAGCCAGAGCUGGGAUGACAGAGGUGAGCGACGCUUUGAGAAGCCCUUGAGGCGUGAUGUUGGGCGGGGCGGAUUUGAAGAGGGCGGGGCAGCAGGAAGGAAGGAUUAUGCCCGCUCGGACAGCGAUAACUGGCGCACACUCAGAGAGGAGCAGGAGGACAUGGAGGGGGCGGAGCCUGGGGCAUGCUGGAGGAUUGCAGGAGCACGCCGUGAAGAUGGUGGUCCUCGUUCAGCGGGUUGGCGGGAUCAGGUCAGCGGAGACGGCCGACGUAAAAAGUUUGACUUUGACUUCCGUGAUGGAGAGAGUGGACGGAGAAGGGCUGGAAGUGAAGGAGGAGAGGAUGAGAGAGAUGGCCUACCUGAGUGGUGCACUGAUGAAGAAGAGGGAGAGAUGGGAACCUUCGACUCCUCCGGAGCCUUCAUGUGCAUCAAGAAAAACGCCAGAGAUACAAUCCAUGAAGACCAGGAACUGGAAUUUGAACCUCUGGAGGAGGAAGAGGAGAGUUGUCAGGGGAAGGACAGCCCUACUGAACAAUUCGAGGAGUUUGAUGCAGCAACUAUCUUUGAGGGCGAUGGAAAGCCACCAUCACCAAUUUUUGUCCCAGCUCCUAUACACCCCCCAGAGCCAGAGACCCCCAAACCUAUGAUCACGCCCCCCUCAAAACCUGCACCCCAGCCUGCUGAAGAUGCUCCUCCAGGCAGUGUCGGCACACAGAAAAGGCAUAACUCCUCCCCUCCCAUGACCAGUACUGACCUCCCUUCGGUAGGUGGAGACACUGAAGAAGAAGAUGGCAUGAAGCACCUUCAGCAGGAGGCAGAAAAGAUGGUGGCAUCCCUACAGGACACGUCUCUUGAAGAGGAAUGUUUCACUCAAGCUCUUCAGGAGAGCCACAUCGGUGCGGGGCAUGCCCACACACACCCCUCUUCUCACACACACUCUCAUUCCACCUCACACACACUUUCACACUCCGCCAGCGCCCUGCCUCUCUCCCAUGAAUCGGCUAUGAAGUGGUUCUACAAAGACCCUCAAGGAGAGAUUCAAGGCCCAUUUACUACAGUGGAGAUGUGCGAGUGGUUUCAGGCGGGGUAUUUUACAAUGAACCUGGUGGUCAAACGUGGUUGUGAUGAGGGUUUUCAGCCCCUGGGUGAAGUCAUUAAGAUGUGGGGGCGUGUGCCUUUUUCUCCCGGCCCCUCCCCUCCUCCGCUCCUGGGAAACAUGGACCAGGAGCUGCUUAAGAAGCAGUUAGAACAAGCUGCCAGUGCAGCCUUGUACCAACAACUUCAGAUUAGAUUCCAGCACAUGAACAGGGAGUCUGGAAUAAUGCCUGGCAUGAACAGGUCUAUGUCAGUGCCAGACACCGGGUCCUUGUGGGACAUGCCUACCUCAGUAUCUCAGCAGUCAGGCGGUGAGGCCAGUCUGUGGGACUUAACCAUGAGUAACUCCACUCAGGGUUCGACUCUUGAACAUUUGCAGAAAAUCCAGCAGGAGAGGCGUGAAGCUGAACUCAGGGUGAAGCGUGAAGAGGAGGAGAGGAAACGGAGGGAAGAGAAACGCAGACUGCAGGAGGAACAGAAGAGAAGAGAUGAGGAAGACCUUUACAGGCGAAAACAGUGCCGUCAGCAGCAGGACUUGAUCAUGAAGUUACUGCAGCAGAGUCAGCAGCACCAGAGUAUGUCAGGGGGUGCAGGGUGGAGUGGUAGCCAAACUGGAUCUCUGGGCAAGACUUCAGGAAAGAACAUCCUGGAUCUAGAGACAGAGAGACUUUACAAGCAGCAACAGCAGCAGAGAGCUCAGCAGCAGCAAAGGCAUGGAGGUUUAACAAUGGGCCAAUGGAGUGAUGGGCCCGCUAGUAUGUGGGGUGGAGCUGGCCUGGAAGGAAAGCUCGGAGGCGGCAACCCUGCUAUGGGCAUGUGGGACGAAGCCUUGAAGAACCAGGCCAGCCAUCGCAACAUGGGCCUGAAGAACAGCCGCAGCAGUCCCUCGCUCAGUGAACAGUACAUGCUGAAUCGCCGUAAGCGCACCGACGACGAAGACAGGCUUCUGAAGUUGCUUCAGGGUAUGAAACCACAGGAUGGUUUCACCACUUGGUGUGAACAGAUGCUUCACGCUCUCAACCCUUCUGCAAAUAACUCCUCUUCACUGGAUGUGCCCACCAUUGUGGCAUAUCUAAAGGAGGUGGAGUCUCCAUAUGAAGUUCAUGACUUCAUCCGCAUUUAUCUGGGUGAUACUAUGGAAGCCAAAGAGUUUGCCAAGCAGUUUCUGGAGCGCCGUGCCAAACAGAAAGCAAACCACCAGAGACAACAGCAGCAGCUGUCUAAGGAGGUCUCUGGAUUGAACAUGAACUUUCCCCUGCAGUCGAUGUUCCAGGCAGCACACAUGAAUAAGGGCAGCAGCAUGUACGACACUCAGGGAGGAAAAGCGAAGAAAAAGCCUAGCAUGAUGCUCCACUCUGACCCCAGUAUCCUCGGCUACUCAUUCCUGGGGGGAGGUGAGCUGGAGCAGGUGGAGGAUUACUGACCCAGCCCGUCUACUUGAGUUUACCUGAGGCCUUAAACCUGGAGCAAAUCAGCAGAGGAAUGUGCACUGCUCAGUGAGAGGAGGGCCGGAGCAACAUUUGUCGACGCCCACUCUCUUUUUCCCCUUGUUCUCUCUCAAUCCGCACUGUGAGAGGAGCAGAAGAGCGGGUUAUUUGGAGGAUCAGCGUGAAGAGGAGAUCCUCUUUCACCUCCUCCUGUGAAGCACCUUACCUAAACCAUUGCACUUUAAUGUUUUCAUAUUUGAAAUGGAGUUUUGUCCUUUUUUUACAAUGCAAAAGUGUGUGAAUAUAUUGUUGCGUAUAUUAUGUGUCGAAUAUUUGUAAGAGUAUACAUACGAGCAGUAGGAACGGAGCGGUUUCAGCUGUAUCGAUAACCGAGGUUAAGCGUUCUUAGGGGCGGUUAGAAUAUAUCUCUCCUAAAAGACAAACACUGUUGUAUUUUUAUGUUCAUGGUAAAGCUAUAAAAAUGAAUUUAAAAACUUGAAGAUUUGCACUUGUUUAACAUAAAAGAAAAAGAAAAAAAAAAUGUUAGUGUAGGUUAUGAGGAUUUUUGUGAGCAUGUGUGCGAGCGUUAGCGUGAGAUGAAGGAAAGUCUGCACAAAUUUUAUUACUUACCAACCUGUAUAAAACAAAUGCCCUGCUUUUAUUUUGUUGGACACGAUUUUUGUACUUCAUUGAACAUGUGUGUUAAAUUGCGUGCGUGUGGACAGGCAGAAGAACUUCUCUCUUAUUGUAUAUAGGCUCUUAAUAAGAGACGGAUAGGACAGUCAAGCUUUGCGUUUUUACCUUUCAGUGUUUCAAAGCAUGGCUGAGGUGCUGUUUGGCUCUUUUCUGAGGGCGAUCAGGGUCUCGGAGCUUGUGUUUGGUAUGUAAAUGUAGCUUUAUUGUCUGUACACAAACUCAACUUACAUUACAACUGUUCCCGUUCCCCUUUUAUUUUCUCUGCCCUUGAUGUGAACUGCCUUGUAUCCAGAAAGUGAGAGUGUGGAUUCUGUUUGCUGAUGUUUGAGUCGGUUACCAUGGAGCUGUGAUUUAGUGUCUGUUGUUACUUUUUUUUUGUUGCUAAAGGACGAAUGAUUAUUUUUUUAUAGCUUUAUACAAAGUAUUUGAACUUCAUGAGUUGGAGCACUUUCUAGGCUGCUACCUUGUCUUUUUUUGAAUAUUUUUAUUUGUUUUCUUGUGUGUAUUUUUUAUUUGCCUCCUAAGGUUGUAGUAUUAUGAAUGAAUGUAUUCCAAAAUGAACAAUGUGCAUCUAAAAGCAAGGCUUGUGUGAAGCAGGACAUGCCUCACCAUUCGGAAUAUGCCUAUUAUCAGAGGUCAGAUUCUGGGACGUGCAUGGCCUGUACGGAGCUGAUGGUCUCCGGCUGCUAGUGCGCUUCCAGAACUUUCUCACUGCACCCGGAGAUACCAGGUUUCUUUCCCACAAUCAGAUCUCUUGGUUGAACGGACUGUCAGAUUUCCAUCUUAUUUGUGCUCUUAUUACAGGGCCAAUGAGAGCCAAGGAUCUACAAUGUGUAGCAGUAACUUUCUUUUUUUGAAAGAAUCUAUAUUUUGUUAUUAGUUUGUUUUUGAAAGAUCUUUUUCCCAAAUACAAGAAUGUUGGGAUCAUAAUACUUGUUUUGCAUCAAACUUUCUGAACCCUCUGACAAGAAAGACUUUGAGGAUCAGGAUUUUGGUACUUAAUACAUUGAAAGAAAAGAUACCUGCUAUAUGCAUAUUUCACUCUAUUCUGACUGGAUUAUAUUUUUGUAAAAAGAAAAAAAGAUAUGGACUGAAAACAAGCACUAACUCAAAUGCCAUCCUGGAGUAGGGGUAGUAGUGGCAACCAGCUGCGUUAAGUGGUACACACAGAGAGUGGGAUUGAGUGAAUGUGUGUAGAACCAUCUCGCCCACACAGCAUAACACAAGGAUGGAGAUUUCCUCAUCAUUCGAGACUCAAUCCCCUCUGUUCUCUGCAACACUAUCAAAUGAAGGAAAAUCCUACACCAUAUGGAAAAAAUGGUUCUUUGAAUGUUUGAUUAAAAACCCUUUAUGCCUUUUUAAGAAGAAUACCCUGUGGAGAACCCACAGAUUUUCACAUCUAUCAAUCAUACUUCUUUGAAACUCACCCGCUGUUAGGUGGAGUCUAGAUGUGAUGGAGUUUUGGAUGGGAAACGAACAUAUGCAAACUCCUUGUUACUUCAUGCACUUCACUUGAACUAAAACUCAAGGACUCGGGCAUAAUUUCGCCUGUUAAAAGAGAGAAGUGGAUAUUACAGCAAUUAUUGAACCGAGAGAAUCCAUGAAUGGAAAGUCAACAGCUGAACUCUAAUAAAACGGGGGCCAGCCCACACACUAGUAUGCAUCCUAUGAUGUCAUCAAACUGGACUACGUGACCACAACUUUUUUGUUUCCUUGAAGAAUAGAAAGGGACCCACAGACUAGGUGUGUGUGCUCGUGUGGAGAGACUAUAUGUUUGUACGCAGACACUUGUGCAUUCUUUGAACUUGGAUGCCCUGUAAAUAAUGUAAAUGAUUUCGGUCUUUGCUAGUUCUGUUCAUCGUAGGCUAUCAUUUGUGUUUCACACGCCUUAAUUGUAGAAAACCCUGGUAAACAUAAACAUUAGAAAAGCACCGACUCUAUCAACACGCAGUACAUGUAUUCAUUUAAAGAAAUCUGAGCCAAGCUGGACAUUUCUCCUGUAUUCACAUUACCAGUCUGUGGGAAAUUUUCCACAGUAUUUUCUAUAACAUGUUAAGAUGAUGAACAUUGAUGUAUGCUAAAAAAAGAUAUUGUGAAGUUAAAAACAGCUGUUAGCUUGCCUCCUUUAGUCUUCUUUUUAGGUUUAAAUUUAAAUAAAGAGGUGGGGAAAUACAAGACAUGAGGGUUAGUUUUUGUUUGGAAAAGAUCAAACUAUGUGAAAUUGAGAAUAAAAUUUUAAGUGUUGAACUUGAA